AUGUGUCACCGAUGGUGGUAUCCAGUUGCUUGGGAUGAUCUCAUUGAAGCCAGUGGGAAAGGUGAUGUGUGUCACGUAGCUGGGCAGCGUUACACCCAGAUCCGCAAGCGAACAUGCUUUGAUCAAAUAAAUGAUCGUGUGACUCAUCAAUGUGAAAAAAGAUAUAUUAAUUGA